AAAAAAGCAUUCCUUUCAAAAUUCCAAGUAAAAGACGUUCUAAUGGGCCUUGAAUUGUGAGAAAAUGGGCCGCGAACUAGGCCCACAUAGCCUUCGCUUCUCUUAUCUCCAUCCUCAUCAAUAUACAUAUAUUUACUAAUAAUAAUAAUAAUAGUAAAUCAACAUAGAAAAGGGGAGAUGGAAGAGGUGAUUCCCAAUUACAAAACCCUGCAAAUCAAUCGGAAAUCGCCCAACUCAAGAGUGUUCCAUCUGCUGAUCAACCGCCCCUCACGCGGCAACGCCCUCUCAGCCGACUUCUUCACGGAGUUCCCCCAUGCUCUCUCCUCCCUCGACCGCAACCCCGAGGUCGCCGUCAUCGUCCUCUCCGGCGCCGGGAAGCACUUCUGCACCGGGAUCGACCUCCACCUCCUCAACUCCACUACUAUGGAUACCGGAUCCGCGGACGAGGGACGCACCCGGGAGAAGCUCCGCCGGCAGAUCAAGUCAAUGCAGCGAGCCGUGACGGCGGUGGAGGAGUGCAGGAAGCCGGUAAUCGCGGCCGUCCACGGGGCGUGCAUCGGCGGAGGCGUGGAUAUAAUUACGGCGUGCGACCUGAGGUAUUGCACGGAGGAGGCGGAGUUCUCGGUGAAGGAGGUGGACCUCGCUAUCACCGCAGAUCUGGGGACGCUCCAGAGGCUCCCCGGCAUCGUUGGGUUCGCGAACGCGAUGGAGCUGGCUCUCACGGCGCGCCACUUCUCCGGUUCGGAGGCCAAGAGCCUGGGAUUGGUCUCGCAAGUUUUCGGCGAUAGAGCAGCCAUGGACAAAGGGGUUGCUCAAGUUGCUGAGGGUAUUGCUGGGAGGUCGCCCCUUGCUAUAAUUGGAACAAAGCGGGUGUUGAUAGAGAGCAGGGACAUGGCGUUGCAGCAAGGCCUGGAUUAUGUUGCUACAUGGAACUCCGCCGUGCUGCUCUCACACGAUUUAAAAGAAGCAAUAUCUGCUCACCUUCACAAAAGGAAACCGUUGUUUGCUAAGCUCUGAGAGGAGACCUCUGCUGUGUAUUAUAUGUACAAUAAACUGGAACAACAUCACAUUCAUUAUCGCCUCUUAGCUUUUCAUUCAUAUAUUACUCAUUUGCCAGAAA